AUGAAGAGCGCGAACGAGUUCCUCAACGAGUUCGCGGAGUCCCAGGCGGCCUGGGGGCACUGCAGUGCCAUUCUUGAAGCCUCAUACCCUGCAGAGGUGCAAUACUUCUGCGCGAACAUGCUCCUGAACAAGGUCCGCAGCGAGUGGCGGCGCCUCGACGCCGCCACGAAGGCCUCGGUCAGCAACCUGGCGCGGCAGCGCCUCCUCGCGCUCUCGUCCGGCCCGACCGCCUCGAGCAUCACCGCGCAGCGCCUCUGCAAGGUCGUCGCCGGCAUCGCGAUCCAGUCCGGCGCGGAGGCCGUCUCGUCCUUCGCCGAGAGCGCCAUCCAGCUGGUGUCCGGUCAGUCUCCGGCGUCCGGAGCAGUGCACACGGCGUGCAACAUGCUGCUCGCGAUCACGGACGAGAGCAUGUACCACUCGGACGCGGUGCGCGAGGCAGCGGUCCACGCCGCGCUUUACCCGUCGCUGCCGCGUGUGUUGGCGCUGGUGGAGGCGGUGGUGGCGACGCGCACGCUCGAGGGGCCCGUCGAGGCGGCGCUGCGGGUGCUCGGGGCGUGGAGCGUCCUGGAUCCGCACGGGAGCGGCGACGACGAGCGGCGGUCGUUCGGCCCGGGGGACGUGUUGGUGCACGCACCGGCGCUGCUGCCGGCGCUGCUGUCGGUGAUGGGGGACAGCGACGAGGUGUGGGGGGAGGCGCUGAUCGAUGUGUACAUGGGGAUCGGCAAGGGGACGGACGUGGGCAAACAGCGGGACUCCGAGGCGGCCGAGGCGGGCCUCGUCGCGGCGCUGCGGCGCGUGGAGGACUCCGGGGGGGUCUCGCAGCUCUCCGAGGGCGCCGCACGCACCAUCGCGCGGCUCGCGUCCGCGCUCAUGGAGCGCUGCACGCACCUCAUCGUCUGCCCCGUCCCCGGCGAGAGCGAGCAGUGGGCCCGCGCGAGCGUCGCCCUCACCACCGUCGUUGCCCAGCUGAUGCAACUCGACCAAGCACACGAAGACGAGGGACUCAUGGAGGCGUGCGUGGAGUACUUCGUGCGCAUCGGAGACACCAGCGUCGCGUCGCGGCGGCCCGAGCUGCAGCGCCCGCUCUACGAGACGCUUCUGCCCGUUGUUGUGCGAAUAUCUUCGUUCCCCGAUGGGUUCACGACGUGGGCGGAGUCGCACCUGGAGCAGUCGUCGUUCGCGACGAUGCGCGAGCACGUCAUGUCGGACCUCGUCAACAUGGUGUACGUGUUCUUCCGGGGGGAGUUUUUGUCGUGGGCGUUGCAUCGCCUCGCGGCGAUAGGCGCAGUCGGGGACGCCGGCGCGCUCACGGGGCGCUGGCAGGAGGUCGAGGCGAUCUGCCACGCCGUGCGGAUCGUCGAGGGCGAGGUGCAGGAGGACGCGAUUUCGCACCAGAACGCGGCCGAGAUCAUGCAGCAUGUGCAUGCGUUGUUCGGAGCGGUGGCCGGGCCCGCAGGGCAGCCCGGGGGCGCGCUCGCUUCGCACCCGAUGGUGGUCGCGACGGUGGCGCGGAUGAUCGGUGCUUUCGUGAAGUAUUUCUCGAGAGACGACGCACCCAUGGAAGGAUGUGUGCGAUACGUGUUGCGCGCGUUCGCGGUGCCGGAGGCGUGGGCGUGGGCGACGAAGGCGUUCCGGGGGUUCUGCGCGAUGUGCGCGCGUCGGCUCGCGACGGCGCCGGCGAUCCAGUCGCUCAUGGAGGCCGCGAGGGGGGUGUUGCACCCCGCUGUCGGCGCAGACCCCCAGACGCAGCCGCAACGCGAGGAACGCGCGGCCGUGGCGUGCGGGCUCGCGCGGCUCGUCGCCGCGCUCCCGUACGCCGACGCCGCGCGCUUCGCUCCCGCGCUGUGCGCCCCGUUGCUGGAGAGGGCGCAAGCGAUGUUGACAGUGGUGCAAGGGUCGCCUCCGCCGCCCGCCGCGCGCCCAGGCCGGACGAGCCGCGCGGGGCGGAGCGCGCACGAGGCGAAGAGCCCACAGGCGACGCUUGCUGACGAGCUCGGGCUCCUGGGAGACACGAUUCGGUAUUUAGAAAUCAAACCAGACCCGGGGCAGCCACACCCUGUUCUCGACGUCAUGCGCGCGGCGUGGCCGACGAUGACGGCCGUGGUGGAAUCGCCCUCGGCGACCGCGGACGCGCGCGUGACGGACGCGCUCUGCGAGCUCUGCGCCCGGGCGGCCGCGAGCGCAGGUGCUGCCGACAGCGACCUACGCGAUGGGGUCGUUGCGGUGUCGCUGACGGUCCUUGAGCGCUUCGCGCGGCCGUGUGCGCUCGAGGUCCUGUCUGCGGCGGUGCAGGCGGCGGCGGCGAGCAAGGCCGCGGAGGGGGGGGGUCUCGGCGAGGCCCUCGCAAGGGCUUGUCAGACAUGCAUCGCACUUCUACCUGACAGCAAUAGCGUGGCGGGGUCCGGGGAGCGGCCGGAGCUCGUCGCGGCGAUGUUCGACAUGUGCGACAAGUUCGUGCUGUUCGCGCCGGCGCUGGUGUACGGGACGCCGGAGCUGCUGCAGGCGUUGAUGGGCGUGGCGGCUCACGCUAUGAUGCUGUCGGAGCGGGCGCCCGUGUCGGCGACGUGCGCGUUCGUGACGCACGCGCUCGCGCUGCCCCCGCGGCUCAAGGACCACCCGCACCGCCCGCAGUUCCGAAACGCGCUCUGCUCCGCGGUGGCGACCCACGGCGCGCAGCUCGUGCGCUCGGCCGUCUCUGCACUGGGAACGACCUGUCCGCGUGAGUCCCUACGCGCGCUGGGCGGAGUCUUCGACGCGCUGCUCAGCGACGCGGAGUGGCGCGGCGCCGUCGCGGCGUGUCUGACCGAGGCGAUGAGCCCGGGGGUGUUCGCGGCCGCCAAGGAGUCGAUAGUGACCCCGGGGGACUGCGAGCUGUUCCUGACGCUCGUGCUGCAGGGCCACCUGACGCGCCCGCGGCUGCUCGCGCUGUACCAGGACUUCGGACAGCUGUGCCGGCGCGAGGCGUCCGCGGACGUCCUCCUCGCCUACCAAUCGUAG